AUGGACUCUCCCGCAGUGCUGCCCAUAUCGCUCCAGCCGUCGAAUUUGCGGCCGUUGGCAUACCGUGUUCUGUCGAAGAAACACGGCCUGAACAUCCAGUCGAGCGCGCUCGAACGGUUGAGCGAGUACGUUGGAAAGAAGAUAGGCCAGGAAUGGCGUGGAGCAAAGACGAUCGCGUUUCUGGAAGAGGUGGCCCGGCUGUGGAAAGAGCAGAACAAGGGCCUGUUUCUGGACGGCGAGAACAUCGACAUGGUGAUCAAGGAGAUCUCCUUGAAACAGGAUCAGCAGGAGAAAGCAAGUCGUCAAGGGUCUUUGGCUAGCUCCAAGACAAGUCUCGCAGGCAUCGUUUCGGAGGAUCUGUCACAAUCGCAGUCGUUUGAGGUCCACCAGGAUACCCAGGACCAAAACAUAACCGACCAAGUGCAAUGGACAGAGUUCUUCAAAGUGGUGGACAUCAAAAACUACAAAAAGUACAAGUACAACCAUGUGCGAAAACAGUUUGACGUGCUAUCGUCCAGUGCCGACAACCAGAAGCUCGAACUGCCUUCGACCCAGGACAACGUUGAUUUAUUUAUCCAAAGGUUCCACCUCUUGAAGGACCGUUUGCUCAGAAACGAGAACUUCCAGCCUGCCACAUUCAGCUCCACCAACUCUUUCUCCAGCAGUGGUAACAAAGAAGUGGAGAACCAGCAAAUCUCAUCAAUUAAAAACCUGUUGGGAAGACACGGACAGCGGUUUUUCCUGUUUGGUUUGCUGACCAAGAGCGCGUCGGGUCUUUGGCAGUUGCAAGAUGACACAGACUCUAUUGAACUAGAACUGAGCCAGACCCUGUUCCCCACGAACUGCUACUUCACCGCAGGAAAUUUCAUUAUUUGCGAAGGAAUAUACUCAAGUAGCGGGAAGUUCUACGUCAGUUCGAUGAUCCAUCCUCCAGCCGAAAAGAGAGAGGCCUCGUUGGAAGUGCUGGGAAAAAUGGAUUUCAAUUCUGUGUACAGCAACAGCGGGAGAAUCGACCCGUCUCUUCGCACAAAACUGCUACAGUUGGAGAAAGAGUUGUCUGAACACAAGAUUGUCGUACUGGGCGGAGAUAUCCAUCUUCCAAACCUGAAAAUCGUCGAAGGAUUAAAGAAACUAUUCACCAAGUUGAGCAAAGAACUAGAUACAGGAGCAUCGGAGCCGGUUGCCUUGAUAUUCAACGGCUCGUUCGCAUCGGAGCCGUUCACGUCAACCCAGAUCUCAUACAACUCGCAAACUACCGCCUCGGGAGUGUACAAAUCGUACUUUGAUUCGCUUGCUUCCAUCUUGGAACAAUUUCCAACGCUAUGUGCUUCGUGCAAGCUCGUGUUCAUUCCAGGAGACAACGAUCCAUGGUCGUCUGUGGUGACCAAGGGAUCCAACUCGCUAUGGCCAAAGUUCAAGAUUCCGAAGAUCUUUGGCAGCCGUUUGACCAGACUAGUGGACGAUAUCGAGUGGGGCUCCAACCCAUGCAAAAUGACGUAUCUGACUCACGAGAUUCUCCUCGUGCGAGACGAUCUUGCAGAGAGAUUGCGUCGGAAUGACGUGAGCCACGUUUCAAAGAUUAAGGAGGAUCCAGAAGACGACGAAGAGAAGCUGGAAAUUGACAAGAUCACAAAACUCAACAUUUCUCCCGACGUCAUGGAGGCCCGUAAGGUGGUGAAAACAGUUCUGGACCAAGGAUACUUGUCACCGUUUGUGAACUCUGUGAGACCGUUGGUUGCUAAUUAUGCCAACGGCCUGAACUUGGUGCCACUCCCAACGCUUUUAAUCUUGACAGAUACAAGUUGUCCGCGGUUCGAUCUUAUUUAUGAAAACUGCCAUGUUGUCAACCCGGGAAGCUUCUUCAGCGAGAACAAGUACAACUAUUUGGAAUACUAUCCGUCUUCCAGAAAAGCCAAGCUUGUGGAGCUGUAUUAG